UUUCUGUAUCCCAACUCUAGUGGAAAGCUUCGCUAGCCAUGCUGUCUGCAGUAACAGCCCGUUUGGUGGCCUGGAGUAGCCCCAAGUUUGACGUGCACGGAAAAUACGUCCUAGUGGCAGGCGGCUCCAAAGGACUCGGGAGAGAACUGUCCCUGGCACUUGUGGCACGAGGCGCACACGUGGUAGUAAUUGCGCGCUCCCAUGAUGCUUUGGAUAAGGUCAAGACGGACAUGGAAGCGGCUAGAAUACACGAGCAACAAGUCCUCGAUACCCAGAGCUUAGAUUUGACAAACAGCGAAGAGGUAUCGAAUUUUGUCAAUGGGUUUGAAAAGCAAAUAUCCACUCUCUUUUGCACUGCAGGUGGUACAGAUGAGGAGAUUGGAUACUUUACCGACAUUCCUGCGGCAUCUAUUCAGAGCUGCAUGGAAAAGAACUAUCUCACCACGGCAUACAUAACGUACGCGGUCAUGAGGCUAUGGAGGGCUGAGCUUGAGCUGGAGGGGGAAAGCAGUGUUCAGCAAUCCCGUCAUAUCGUCUUCACUGCGUCCACCGCCGCGUUGGUUGCGAUUCCGGGGUACGCAGCGUAUUCACCAUCCAAGGCGGCAAUCAGAGCAUUGGCCGAUACCCUGAGACAGGAGAGUCUCAUGUAUUCCUCUGGAGCCGUACAAAUCCACUGUAGCUUUCCAGGGACAUUUUACACAGACAGCUUUUACAGAGAGCAAACCCGGAAACCGGACUUGUGCAAAGAGCUCGAGGGUACGGUCAAUGAUGAGGGUGGACUGACCACUAAAGAGGUUGCCGGGCGGAUCCUUGCGGGACUGGAUGCGGGGUGCUACUUUAUUCCGACUGAUUUGCAGACCCGGUUGCUCCUGAAUAAUAUGCGAGGGCCAAGUCCGCGGGACUCUCCUUUGAUAGACUGGUGCAUGGGCCUGGUUGCUUCGCUUAUUUGGCCCAUUGUCGGUACUUACUUCGACUGGAAGGUGACAAGGUAUCGUCAGCAAGCGCGAUAGGAUUGUCUCCCAAUUGUGAGGUCUAACGCCUUUCAUUUUGCAGUGUACUUUGACUUGCUGCAAAGGAGUAGGGUGAUUUUCAACCCUUGAACGCUUCUAAAAAUGCAUUUCUUGUGUUCAAACGUUGUCUUUGCCGAUGCGGUGAUGAAGCCAACAUCUCAUCUUUUAGAGACAUAGUAGCUUGUUACCCGUUCCUUGUAUCCUCUUACAAAGUUUCUUGGAAGUAGUCAGAUUCCCGAAACAGCCGUCUUACCUUUCAUCCACUGCAAGUGCCUAGCGAAGGCAAAAUGAGUAGGUUGCAGGGGUC